AUGGCAAGGUUUAACAAUUAUCUUAUUGUGUUAGCUUUAGUUUUGCCCAGCAUAACAGCUAAAAUGUCAGACAUUGUGGAAGAGCCAUUGUCUGAAUGUGGAAAACACAUUGGAGCACACUGUGGAGAUGAAGUCAUGGGUAGAUUGAAGAGUGGAAAUGAGACUGUAAUUUCAACAAGUUGUUGUUAUAAGCUUUUGCAAACGGGUUAUCCUUGUCACACCAAGCUCACCUUGUUUAUUCUUGAGAACAAUGCAGAGCUUAAUUGGACUGAAUUUUUUGCAAAAAGUGAUAAAAUUUACCACAAGUGUGAUGUUCUUACUGCACCAGGAAACCCUGAGUUUCUGGCUAACUGCACAGAAAGUUUAGGGUCUGAUUGUGGAGAAGAGGUAUAUAACAAGCUAAUCCUUGACAAGACCAUCUCCAAACAUUGUUGUGAAAAACUCGUGAAAACGGGUGAACAAUGUCAUGCUGCUAUGGCCAAGGCUUUGAUUCGCAUCCCAGAGAUGAGGAAUGUCAAUGCCCUUCAACUCCUGAAGAAGAACAAGAAAAUCUUUGAGCAUUGUCUCCAUGUUAAAUAA